AUGGAAGAUAAACUGCAAAGUAACAUUGAAGGACCAGUUCAAAACAAUGAACCAAGACACAUCACACUAUCGAAAAACUUCUACCAGGCUUGCCUCAAAUCGAGUGCGACUCAAAAAAAUGAUCGCCAAGGCUUAUUAAGCAAAUUAAAAAAUAUGGGUGGCUUGCCUGUGCUUGAAGGAGACUCGUGGGAAGAGAAAAAAUUUGAUUGGGAAAAUGCAUCUUAUAGCAUGGUGAAUCAGGGACUUAUAAUGGAUAGCUUCUUUAACUUCGAUAUUGUCACAGAUUUUAAAGAUAGUACAAAAAAUGUUUUGAAUAUCGACCAACCAAUGCCACGUGUUGAUCGCGAAGCUUUGAUAAAGGGGUUCAAAGACAAGACCGUCAGUGACUACUAUCAUAACAUGAUUGACACGGCUGUAAAAUAUGGUGCAAAUAAAGGUAGAGCUCAAAAAGAAUUAAGGGAUGUUCUUGACUUCGAAAUAAAGCUCGCCGCUAUCACUCUGAGUGAUGAAGAAAGGCGUAAUCAAGCAGCUCUCGAAAACCUCAUGACAGUAAAGGAUCUCACAAGAAAAUAUCCAUUUGUUCACUGGAAGAAAUACUUCAACGCAAUUUUAAAAUCGGCGUUUAUAAUUGGUGAUGAUGAAAUAAUAAAAGUGAGCGUGCCUACUUUUUUCAAAAAUUUGGGUAAAUUGCUGAAAAAAACUCACAAAAGGGUGCUAGCUAAUUACCUCCUCUGGCAAGUACUUGAAGGUCAAAUUCAAGGUACUUCCUCUAAGCAGGAUUGCCUCGAUAUGACAACUGGAUUUCUAGGUUUGAGUGCUGGGGCUCAAUAUGUCAGGAAAUACUUUACACCAGAAUCUAAGAAAAGUGCAGAAGAAAUAGCAGUCAGUAUUGAACAACAAUUUUCGAAAAUGCUAAAAGAGGUCGUCUGGAUGGAUAAAAAAACAAAGACGAGGGCUUUGGCUAAACUCAAAUCUAUGAAAAACGUCAUUGGAUAUCCUGAUGAAAUUCUCCAUGACAAGACUGUUGACGAAUAUUACAAGACAUUGGAAAUAACUCCAACUGAUUUAGUUCAAGCCAAUGCAAACCUUACCAUGUUUAGGCUAGACCAUUCUUUCAGUAAUUUAAGGAAGACUAUAGAGAAAUCAGAUUGGCCAUGGGUAUCCUGCGCUUAUACCAUAACUGGCACAAGCACUGAAUAUGAUGACCAUUUAAACCGAAUAAAUGUCCCUGCCGGAAUUCUACAAGACAUUUUCUUCGAUAAGGAUAGGCCUCAGUACCUGAACUAUGGUGCGAUUGGAGCGUUUGUCCUUGGAAAUAAACUCACUACUGCGUUUGAUUACGACGGUAGACAAUUUGAUGAAAAUGGAAACCUUGGGGAUUGGUGGACAGCAGCAACUAAAAGAAAAUUUCGUCGGAAAGCGGCUUGCAUUACACAGCAGUAUAAAAAAUAUACAGUAAAAGAUGGCAGCAUCAAAAUGAGUGGUACUAAAGUAGCUAGGAAAAACAUUGCAGACAAUGGAGGCGUAAAAUUGGCCUACCUAGCCUAUGAAGAUUUUGUAAAACGUCACGGCCCCGAACCAACAUUACCUGGCUUGAACUAUUCCCAAUCACAGCUAUUUUGGAUUCAAGCAGCUAUGACACAAUGUGCGAAAUACACCCCAGAGUAUGUAAAAGACUUCAAUACUAAGUACAGCCAAUUCAUGGACGAAUUCGCAACUCCAUCAGAAUUUAGAGCUACAGGUGUAUUUGCUAACAUGCCAGAAUUUGCCAAAGACUUUGGUUGUAAAGCGGGUUCAAAAAUGAAUCCAGUUAACAAGUGUUCUGUAUGGUGA